AUGGGAAUUGGAUAUGAUAAUCGAUACUCUUCCAUUGGAAACAGAUCUAGUAGCACUACGCCUGUCUUGGGUUACAGCCACUCGAUGGGGAGAAAUAACAAAGUUUCAGAAACAAAAUUUCGUACCGCACGAGCAAGAUCCCAAUGCCAUAAUAGUGGAUUGGGGAGCGCCGCCAAAGACUUUCAAGAGCGACCCGCACAGGGCAGCGGGGUACGUGGUAAUUCAAGGAGCAGACGCACAACGCGUCAGAGCAACCAUAAAAGGAAUGGCAAGCGACGAAAAGUUAACCACAAUAACCACAAAAGAUAUGGAAAAUAUUCUUCGGCCAUACGGAAUGACGGCUCGCUCCGUAAAGAGAGGAGCUUUGGCCCACGCCGCGGCAGCAGUGGUCGAACACGAUCUCGACCCACGGUUAUUAACACAGUUAGGGAAACAUGCAGAUCCAAUGGAACUCCCACGCAGCACGGUGUGAUAUCUAGGCCAUUGAGCCGCAACAUUAAACGAAUCGGCACACCUCACAUCAUUAAUUUAAGAGAAUUGGGAAAAUGGGCAGCGGAACAAUGGGACACACCAGAAACCGCAACACAACAUUUUGGCGUCCCCUUCAAAGGGCACAAUAUUCUGCGACGAUCACACCGCACCAGAGUGGCAACGAGCGAUGAAGAAGCAUGA